GUUUUCUCUCUCCAAUUUCAACGGGCAAAAGGUUUUCGAAGCUAGGGGAUUUUCUCUCUUUCAAUUCAGAGAUUUUUUAGUUUUCUUAGGGCUUGGGAAUCCGAGGAGCUACUUUCCCAAUUGGUGAGGGAUUAAUGGCAGAGGUAAAAUUUGAUGACAUUUGCCUUGAGAACAAGGAAUCUACUGUUGCUUCAAGCUCCUCUGUUUCGGAGAACAGUAGCAGCUCCGCACUAAAGUCUCUUGGGGCAACUAGUCCGAGAAGUGUUUCUCCAGCUCAUAGAAGAACUACUGGUCCAAUCAGAAGAGCGAAAGGAGGUUGGACUCCAGAGGAGGAUGAUACACUACGAAAAGCUGUGUCAGCUUUCAGAGGGAAGUCUUGGAAGAAAAUAGCUGAGUUUUUUCCACAUAGAUCAGAAGUGCAGUGCCUGCAUCGAUGGCAAAAGGUUCUGAAUCCAGAACUUGUGAAAGGUCCCUGGACACCAGAGGAGGAUGAGAAAAUCACAAAGCUAGUGGCCAAAUAUGGACCUACAAAAUGGUCAGUCAUAGCAAAGUCAUUGCCAGGUCGAAUUGGAAAGCAGUGCCGUGAGAGGUGGCACAACCAUUUGAAUCCGGAUAUUAAGAAGGAUGCUUGGACUUUGGACGAGGAGCUUACUCUGCUUAAUGCUCAUCGGAUCAAUGGGAAUAAAUGGGCUGAAUUAGCUAAGCUUCUGCCUGGAAGAACCGACAAUGCAAUCAAGAAUCACUGGAAUAGUUCACUGAAGAAAAAGCUGGAGUUCUAUUUGGCUACAGGGAGCCUCCCUCCAGUAUCUAAAAAUGUUCUUCUAAAUGGCGCUAGGGAUAUCAGUAGGAUAACUUUAGUGAGGUCGCCUGUUUUGGCUUCGUGUGAUACUAUUGAAUCAUGUAAAGUUAAAGAUGGGAAGGAUAAGCUAGAUGCUAUUCUCGCUGAUCAUGAUGUUGCUGCCUAUCGGCAGUGUGAGUCUAUGAACCCUGAGGGCACAAACUGUCUGGCAGUCACUACCCAUUCAAAUACAGAAUCUGAAUUUGAGAGACAGAGAUUCUGUGGAGAAGUUGAUCAAUACCGAAUUAUCGGAACAGCAGUGCAUUGUGAUACUCCAAUUUAUGAGACAUUAUAUUAUGAGCCACCAGUAAUAGAAAGCCAUGGUCAGCUAGAUUCAAAUCUUGGUAAUACUUUCUUGAUGCAACCGGAAGCAGACGUCACGGCAUUGUCACCCACACCUUUCAUUACUCCACCAAGUGUAAAUAGUAGAAGCUUGUAUAUGCAAACCCCUGAGUCUAUACUGAGAAAUGCUGCAAAAAGCUUUCCAAUCACUCCAUCAAUACUAAGAAAGAGAAAGUCUGAGCUGCAGCAGCCCAAGGAAACAGUUAUAUCUAAUACUGAUCAUGACCAGACAAAUAGUUCUGAGAAUACGGGGCUGCAGAACAACUGCUUAUGUGAAAAUCCUACUUGCGAUAAUGAAGAUGGGUUAAGCAGCAAUCAGUCAUUUAAUUCAUCUCCUCCAUAUCGAUUAAGAUUUAAAAGGACUUCAGUUCUUAAAUCUGUCGAGAAGCAGCUCGACUUCACUACUGUCAUGGAGCAUGAUUGCUGUGACUAUAACUUGAAAGAUGGAGAGGUUAAGAAAGUUCCACCUGUAACAAAGUUCGUCUACACGCGUCAAAAGAGAUAUGCUGAUAGAACUGGAUCAUAGUCGCUGUUAACGGAAGGAACCAGACACUUCUAGAUGCACAAUUGCAAGCUAAAGCGCAGGGCCUAUCAUGGAUACAGGUUCUGCAAAGAUGGAUAUCCUUUUUCUCCAUUUAAUGAUUAUAUUUAAGAUAAAAUAUUUCUUCUCAAUCAUCCAGAUUCAAACUCUAACUGACUUUGUAUAGGAACUGUCCUCUUAGAUAGAUUCUGUAUUAUAGUUUUUCGUGAUAUAGAAUAAGUCUUGGUCUAGGGAAAUUUUUAGAAUAUAAUGCAGUUCCUUGAUAUAGAAUAAAGUCUUCUUACUUGGGGGAAAUUUGUGAUAUUUUAUUAGCAGAGUUUUAAUAGUGCUCGAGGAUAA